AGUGUGGCCUGGCUGCAGCCUCUCUGCCCGUAGGUUUCAGAGCUUACUCUGGCUGUGCCGAGAUGGGGCUGCCCGGGCCAGGGCUGUGGCUGAAGAGGCUCUGGGUGCUCUUGGAGGUGGCUGUGCAUGUGGCUGUGGGCAAAGUGCUUCUGACAUUGUUUCCAGACAGAGUCAAGAAGAACAUACUAGCCAUGGGCGACAAAACGGGUAUGACCAGGAACCCUAACUUCAGCCACGACAACUGGAUCCCGACCUUUUUCAGUACCCAGUAUUUCUGGUUCGUCCUGAAGGUCCGUUGGCAGCGACUAGAGGACACGACUGAGCUAGGGGGUCUGGCCCCAAACUGCCCAGUGGUCCACCUCUCAGGACAGAGGUGCAACAUUUGGGACUUUAUGCAAGGCAACAGGCCCCUGGUGCUGAAUUUCGGAAGUUGUACCUGACCUUCAUUUAUGUUCAAAUUUGACCAAUUCAAGAGACUUACUGAAGACUUUAGUUCCGUAGCAGAUUUUCUCAUCAUUUACAUUGAAGAGGCACAUGCAUCAGAUGGCUGGGCUUUUAAGAACAACGUGGACAUCAGGAAUCACCAGAACCUUCAGGAUCGCCUGCAGGCAGCCCAUCUGCUGCUGGCCAGGAGCCCCCAGUGCCCUGUGGUGGUGGACACGAUGCAGAACCAGAGCAGCGAGCUCUACGCAGCACUGCCUGAGAGGCUCUACAUAAUCCAGGAGGGCAGGAUCCUCUACAAGAUCAAGAUCAAGCUGACCCUACUUAUUCAGAUGAAACAAGUGAAAACUUGCAGGGCAAAUCCGGCCCUUGGAACUACAAUCCAGAGGAAGUUCGUGAUGUUCUGGAAAAACUUCACAGUUAAUCUGGACAGAUACCUCAAUUCUAGGUGACCAACAGGAGGGCUUCUCAAGGCUUGCCUCUCCCUGAGACCCAGCUGGCUUUUACCUUUGACCUGUGUCCCUAGCUGAAUCACUAGCUCAGAUUUUUCUAAUCUAAGCAAACAACUCCCAGCUGUGGAAUACAGGUCACAGCACCCAAUCAGGACAAACUGUUAUCAUCAGAAGAUGAAGCAACACUCGAGCUGUUCAGGCCAGUUUCCUAUUGAAGAAAGUACAGCUUCACACUGCUCCCACCGUGGAGACCACAUUCAUUGCACACUGUCUUUGAGAGAGCAGUCGCACUCCAUAGGCACACUUCUAAGGUACGGUGUCUCUCUCCAGCCACUCUGAUACCACGUAAUUCAAGCUGGCAUUCCUUCUAUUAGGGAAAUUCAUUUUAUCCGGUUUGCAUUUAUGGAAUUGAUCACUUAAGACACUAAAUUGGUUUUCAGAACCAAGUAUGGGAAGAAUUCCAGUUGUCAAAAAGAGAUGAGGAGUUGGAAGAGGAGGGAUUAGAAACAGGAGGCAGUCAUCCUCUCCUUGACAAAAGAUUUAAACUUGUCUACAUUGGUGGUGACGAUGGGUAGGUUUCCAUGGUAACACAUCUCUAAUUUUACCAGGGAAGAGGAGAGAACUCACUUAACCAUCUUCGAAUAUAUUUUAUAGAAAUCUAGCUCUCUGUACCCUGAAAUCUUCCACUAGCCUCACUUUUCAACAGUCACCUAGAAGGGAGGGUUGGCUUCCCAAAAGCAUAACCUUGACCAAACCAAACAACAGGCACCAGCAACGCUGUCAUUCAGUUACGCAGAAGCUCCUACGUGAAAUUCUGUUUCUCUGAUUUCUUUGCAAGUCUCUUAAUGGUCAUUUGUGUUAGAUUACAUCAAACUAAUGGAUAACCAUUGUUAUUCAUCUGUUUUAACUCUGUGUCUUUACGUAUUUAUUUAUGAUGGCCACAGCCUAAAGUAUAUACGGCUGUGACUUGAUUCAAAAGAAAAUGUUAUAAGAUGCAGCAAGCUAAUAACAGAAUGAUUAAAACGUAUCAGGCUAUUUUGGAUGGCUUCAGUGUGAUCUUUAUAUUUUCUUUUCCAAUUUGUAUCGGCCCAGUGUAAUCUGACCAGCAAAAAUACCAUUUGCUGGAAGAGCCUCAUUUGCGGGGAAGAACGUUCAGGCUCUAGGUUACAUGUUAAAUGUGGUUUUAUCUUAUGAACUCCUGCUGGAGUGAAAUAGUUUUUCACAUUGGAAUCAAAUUACCUUUACAACAUGACAUAAAAAUGGAUCUGAAAGGCCUCUCCCUAGCAUGAGAACAUAUUCUCUUUAGCUCUACUUUAGUUGCUACAAUGUUAAUAUUAUUAAUGUUGUCAUUUUACUCUUUUAAGAAUAGUUAUUAUUGCAGGAGGCUGAGACAGAAGAAUCACUUGAACCCAGGAGGCGGAGGUUGCAGUGCACCAAGAUGGCGCCACUGUACUCCAGCCUGGGUGACAGAGUGAGACUGUUAAAAAAAAAUAAAGUUAUUAUUAAUCAUCUACCAGGCACAGUAAUUUUCAGAUAUGUUAUCUCAUUUAAUCUCUCAAUAACUCAAAAAGGAGAUGAUUAUCCCCAUUUUACAGAUGAGGAAAUCAAGGCUCAGAGCGUUAAGUAACUUGCAUAACUUCUCAGAACUAGUAAGUAACAAGCUGAGAUUCAAACUGGACCUCUAACUUCAAGGCCAGAGUCCUAGCUCUGUUCCUACCAACUGGGUGACUUUGCUUAAGCUGCCUUGGUAUCCUGACCUAUAAAAUAGUGUGCCUACUCUCUAGAGGAUUCAUGAGUAGAGCACUUAGAACUGUCUCUGACUUGGAGAAAGAGUCAUGGAAAUGAUGGCUAUUAUUAUUAUUGUCAUGAUUGUCCCACAACUGCUUCCUCGGGCCCUCUUUUUGGGGGUAGGCGUGGAAGGAGGACAAGACAAUAAGGACACUGAAUAAAAUUUCUCCAUCCUGCCCAAGCAACUCAUAACCAAUACAGGCAUGAGUUUGUGAGGCAAUACUGAAAAUGAGCUGUGAGAAUGACGGGGCUGAAGCACAGAUGAGCCCUCACUGUCCCUCCUAAGUACUAAGUUCCACAAAAGGAGACAGCAUAUAAGGCAAUGCUCUUCUGAAUCACCUCUCUGAUGGUCCUCCAAUUCAUGUCUAUAAAUGCACAGAAAUCUCCCAGUUUUCAACAAAUAAUAGUAGCUGGAACUGAGGAGUUUUUCAGAAUGAUAAAAAUGGACCCCGGGCUUUCUAAUUUGAUUUUCUUCAACUUACUGCAUCAAACAUUGAGCACUGAUUCUUUUCUGGGUGCAGAGUUAUGCAAAGAUGGAUAAGGAACAGCUGUUGUCCAGCAGGUUAAUCUCACAGGGGACCAGACAUACACUCCAAUAAUCACAACUCAAGGUGGAAUGUCUGUUAGAGCAUGGUGAAGACUAAAUGCUCAGAGGGCACAGAGGAGACGGCAAUCCUCUGAGCUGGGCGAAUCCAACAACUUUAUGGAGCUGGUGGCAUCUGGGCUUGGUCUUCAAAGAUGCCCAGUACUUCCAUAAUUUGGGAUGGGAGCCUGGAGGAGAUGGGAAGGGAGACGGGCAUUUCAAGUGGGGAUAACAACAUGGGCAGAGGUGGAGAAAGGACUAUGUGCAGGAGACUGCAAGAGGUUUGGACUCGAUUCCAAUCCUUUUUUUUUUUUUUUUUUGAGACGGAGUUUCGCUCUUAUUACCCAGACUGGAGUGCAAUGGUGCGAUCUCAGCUCACCGCAACCUCCACCUCCUGGGUUCACCCAAUUCUCCUGCCUCAGCCUCCUGAGUAGCUGGGAUUACAGGCACAUGCCACUGUGCCCAGCUAAUUUUUUGUAUUUUUAGUAGAGAUGGGGUUUCACCUUGUUGACCAGGAUGGUCUCGAUCUCUUGACCUCAUGAUCCACCCUCCUCGGCCUCCCAAAGUGCUGGGAUUAUAGGCGUGAGCCCCUGUGCCCAGCUCCUUUUGUUUUUACAGUUGCUAGUCAUAUAGGCCAGUGAAAUUGAAUGGUUCUCAACUUGGGCAUGCUACAGAAUCACCUGGAGGGCUUGCUGCAACACAGGUUCUUGAGUCUCAUCCCCAGAGUUUACGAUUCAAAUAGAUCUGGGGUUGAGCUAGGGAAUUUGCAUGACUAACAAGGUCUCAGGUGAGGCUGAUGCUGCUGCCCUAGGAACCACACUUUGACAGCCACUGCUACAGCAGGUGUUGUUGGUGCUCUGCCCAGAUGCCUUUUACCAAGUUGUUGUACUCGUCCGCCAGCUGCUGUGAGUGUUGGCUGCUAAUGGCUCACAGAUACACUCUUUACCUGAGAAUUUGCCCUCUUCUUAGGAGCUGUCUUACCCAGAAACACCUGUGAGAUUAUGUCCUCCACCUGAGGGUGGUCCACAGCCAAUGACUGAUGGAUUUGAAAUUCCAAAGCCUGCUCCCUUGCUGCAAGGUGGGGCAGUCUACUUCUCUGGUGCCAGUCAUGCUCCAGAGCUCCCUAUGGGAUCAGGCUGAGGCUAGACUUCAGCUGAAGCCAUAUGUUUAAUUUUUCCUUCUGCCUGAUCUUGCUUCUCUCACUUCCUUAGAAGUUCCUCCUGAGACCACUCCCUCAAGAAAUCACUCUUCAAAGAAUCCUUGUCUGAGGCUCUGCUUCUAGAGAACCUGGCCCGGAGCAGUCCCCUUCUGGGUCUUUUCUGAUUAUCAGUCUUCUUUAGUGGGGCUUGUUAUCUGCUGAAACAUAGUGUGGGAUGAGGAGUCAGCGGGGCAAUCUGCAAUUUUCAUUGACAUUUGCUGUCUUGAAUAGCUUAUCAUUAAGUAAAUUCUUUCUCUGAGCUGGGGCUCACAGAAAUCCCCUUCAGUUACACUUCCUUUGCUUUGGAUGCUUUUUCACCUUCUGCUGUGGAUUGAAUUGUGCCCCUGUCACCCCCAAAAUUCAUAUGUGGAAGCUUUAACCUUCAAUGGUCCUUUUAUUUGGAGACAGGGCCUAUACAGAGGAAAUGAAAGUUAGAUGAAGUCAUAAGGUUGUGGCUUUGAUAUGACAGGAAUGGUGUCCCUUAAGAGACACCAGAGAGUGAACUCUCUGCACCCACAUGAAGAAGAGGUCAUGUGAGCACACAGCAAGAUGGCAGCUACCUACACUGAAGGAAGAGAGUUCACCAGAAACUGCCAGCACCCUGAUCUCAGACUUCAAGUCUCCAGAGCGGAGUGUGAAUUGGACUCAACAAAUGCACAUUUUAAACAGGAAGACAUUGGAGAGAGAAGGAUUUUCCUGCAAAGGGAAGAUUUUAAAUUUCUUUCAUCCCUGAAAAUGUCCAAGAAGAGUCAAUAAAAGAUCAUAAUCUGUGGAGGAAGCCAAAGAAAGGAUUCCUGCCUUGGCAGUUCCCUUAGGCUGAGCCAAAUUCUAGGAAAGGUUUUGGGGUACAUGUGAAGAACAUGCAAGAUAGUUGCACAGGUCAAGUCCUCAGAGGACCUUCUCCCUGACCAGCGUCUUGCUUCUGGUGCUACAGCUAGACUCCUCACACCCUUCGCCAAGCAUCAUCCAUUAGGAACUUGGUGUACUUUAGAAAACAUGGACCCGGCCUAUGGCUUCUGACUCCGCGGGGCCAGGGCCACGGCCUUCAAGACAAACCAGCCCUGGCACCACCUUCUCACCUCCACCCAAAACUCUCCUCCUCAGUCCAAGGCCCGGUGGAGAUCUUCGAGGGCUCUAAAGCCGCGACUUGCGGUGGCCACGCCCCAAAUUAUGUAAAGAAUAUAUUAAUAAAUGCCCCUAACCUUAGGUUUAACUCAUA